ACUGUCCGCCAACCCGUUAUCCCUGCCACCGCGCAGCGUACUGGCUUGUAUGUGUGUAUUUUUUCCUUUGCAUAGUGUAUUUGCAUAAAUGUUUUGUUAGGCUUGAGAAAAUUUUAUUACCUGCAACAAUAACAUGCUGAAAAAUACAAUAACAAUGUGUUCGUAAUGAGGUUUUGCGGUGCGUCGCUGACUGUUCGUUUCGUCGCGCGCCGCCACAAGCCGCAACCAAAGCGGAAGCGGCACAUUUAAAUGCUGCGGUGUCAUGUUAAAUAUUUGCACAAGAAAUUAUGUGCUAACUUCUAUGGCGGCAACAAUUCGAAACAACAACAAAAAUUUCAAGAAUAACACGGUGUGAAUACAGUUGCUGCUGGAAAACUAUGCAAGCGGAAAUUUGCGCGCAACUUUUGCUGUUACAAGUGUGUGCACUGCUCGUCCAUUAUGCUAUGCUUGAGCACGUAGAGAUCUGAAUCGUAUGUUGGUAUUGUCACUAGUGAAGCGAAUGAAAUUUUAGGCGAAUUUCGCUAUUGCGAGUAGCGAACGGACAGUAAAUUCGCCACGAAGUGGCGAAAGAACUAGCGAAAAUGAAUAUUUGAUAUUGCCACUUGCGAAUUUAUAAAAUUCGCUUCGCCUCAACUGUCAAAAUUUGGCGAACGUUUAUUUAAUUCGAGAACGUAAUUAAAAAUGGAGAAAACAAUAAAACGAACUACUCAAAAGCAAUUUGAAGUACUGGUGAGGUUGAUGGAAGGAAAUCCCGAGCUAGCCAGAGGAAUGGCGCCGUUUGGCUCAACAAAAAAAAAUAGGAUGGAGUUGUGGGAAGGUAUUGCUUCAGAGUUGAACAAUAUCGGCCCUCCAAUACGUAGUGGAAGCGAAUGGAAUAAGGUUUGGUUGGACUAUAGGCUAAAAUUAAAAAGAAAAAUUGCUGGUAAUCGAAAGGAGAUUGCAGCCACAGGUGGAGGACCAUACAACCAACGGAGUUUAACGCCUUUGGAGCAGGCCGUGGACGAGCUGCUUAGCUUGCAACAGGCAGUAAAUCCAAGCGGAGCCGCAUUUGGUAGCACUACACCUGCACCUGCACCUGCACCUGCAUAUUUAGAUGAAGAACAUCUGGCAGAAGUCGAGGUGCAGCCUGAACAGGCUGGAAAUGUUAGCAUUUCGUCUAGGCAGGCACCUACAAGCAGAGUGGAGGACCGCGAAAAUUUGCGUAUGAAGGCUUUGGAGAAACAAGGAGAAACGCAAGAAAGCCUUGUCGGUAUUAUGGAGAACAUUAAUUCGGUGUGUAGUGAAAUUUCUAGAUACACUAGAAAAAUUUACGAAUUAAAAAAAGAAAAAUUGGCGCUCUAUAAAAUGAAAGAAGAAAGAAAGAAGGAAGAAAAUAAUCAAAAAAAUAGGCGACAUAAAGAAAAAAUUGAAAUAAAACUAAAAGAAUUGGACUUAAAAAAACUUAAAUACUCAAAAUAAAAAAACGUAUUUUCUGCAUAUUCAAAAUUAAUUUCAGUUAUUUUAUUGUAGUUAUGUUACAUAUAUGCACAUAUAUUUUAGGGAUGCAACUAAACUAUGACAAUGCAUUCGCAAUUUGUCUUCGGCGAAGAUCUGCUGCUGUUCCACUGAAGUUUCCUUCAACUGGCUCCUGUGGUACUACGACAUCAACAAAAGUUUCUUCUUCAGGAUCAUUCACAUUAUAUUGUUUGCAAAUAUUGUGUAAAGCACAACAAACAUUUACAAUAACCGUUGCUUUACUAGGAGGGUAUCGUAGUUUACGUUCACCUAGUAUACAACGAAAACGACAUUUCAGCACUCCAAUUGUCCGUUCAACUACGUUCCUUGCCUUUGCAUGUUUCUUAUUAAAAUUUGAUUCCACUGUUCCUGGGAAAGCGUUUCGGAAAGGCGUCCAUAGAUACUGGUGUAGUGGAUAACCAGAAUCACCUAUAAUAUAUUUAAUUUUAGUAUUUAUGUAUGUACAUACACAUAUAAAUUGUAGUUACCUAAGUAAACCGAAUUAUGAUCUCCUCUUUGGUAUGUUUGCUCCAGAUAUGUUUAUAAUGCGCUAUUGUUCCACACAAAUGAGUCGUGACUAGAUCCUCCAUAUCUUGCAUCAACACACCGUAUAACCAUAUCCUGAUCGCACGCCUGAUAAAAAUUAAUUUUUUAAGACGAAAUAAUAAUAAGUAAUAUUUUAUUUAUUUAGUUGCUACUUACAAUCAUCGCAUUUAUGCUCUAAAAUCCUUUUCUAUUCAUAUAUAAGUGCUUGUUCUCACAUGGAGCAAUAAUUGCAACAUGGGUUCCAUCAACGCAACCAACCACAUUUGGAAUUCCAGCUCUGGUGAAAAAUUUUCUUCUUGUUGUUCGUUUCUGCUCCUCAGUUAUGUCUGUUUUGAUCCAGACACUGCACAAAGUGGAUUCCAAUAUUGGAAGCAUUUCUUUAAAAAUCAACGAAACAGUGGGCUGCGCAAUACCUAGUUGGAAAUCAUUUCCCACUGGUUGCUGAUAGCUCCCAUGAGCCAAAAAUCUUAGGACGCAGCACAAUUUCAACAUCGGCGAUACUGAUGACGAUAGGUUAGUCGGAAAUUUUUCCUUUAUGCUGUCUAGCACAUACAAGAAUGCAUCCUUACUUAAUCGAAAGUUUUCUUUAAAUCUGUUAAUAAAAACUUAUGUGACGUGAUAUUUGUUUAUGCACUUUUAUAGCAAUAGAUACUUACAACACUGAAGAAAGUUCCAUGAGAUUAGAGUGAUCUCUGAUGAAAAGCCGCUGCCUAAGUAAUUUCGUUGUUGUCCUUUCAAUGUAACUGUCUUCAAAAUAUAAAUCUACGUUGUUAAACAUUUUUAUUCACCUUUUUAAAACACCGUAAAAUUUCAAAACACACAAUAACGAAUAAGCGAAUAAUAAAAUUUAAAAACAAUAACAAUAAUACGUCAAAUAUGUCAAUUUCGGAUGAACUCGUGUGACAUUUCUCAAUUAUUUUAGUAUGGUAACAAAAAAGUUGAGCGAAUGUGUUCAUUCGCCAGUCACAAUAUGAACAUGGCGAAUUUUCGCCUAAAACAUUCGACUCGCCAAUGCAUUCACUUCGCCAGUGACAAUACCAGCAGUAACGUAGCGCCUCUUUUUGGCUACCGACUGCGCCCUACAAAUUUUGCGUACAGCUUUAAGGUAGUAGUCUGGUAACUUAUGCCUAUUUUCAUGAACUAACAAAUUGGAGGACUUUGAAAAAAAAUUCCUUUUAUUUUAGCAAAGAAAGGGUUGUAAAAUAAAAAAAAAGGGGUGAAAAAAAUUCUCGUUAGUACCGACAAGAAUCAUAAUAGUUGUUCUACGCCUGUUAAAAUUUGAAAUCAAUCGGUUUAGUAGAAAAAAAGUUAGGAUCCGCGCCGACCAGAAAAAACAAUGUUUAGAGAAAAACGCGUUUAAGUUCAACAACUCCGAGGUGCUCUAGGAAACUCGUUAUAACUCCCGAAAUUCUGUCUGAAAUUUUCACAGUAUAUUCUCAAGACGUUGUACUUUCAAAUUAAAUAAAAAAAUGUUUUCGAUUGUUUGAACCCAAGUUACCAGACUACUACCUUAAGCGUACUUAGGCGACACUAAGCGUUUAAUGAAGUGGGCGGUGGUUGCAUUUAGCUGAUGUGCUGUUGUGCUUGACUGUUGGCCGCCGUUAACCUUAUUGACCUAUUUUACAACGUUUAAAUUGUUAUCCUCUUAGCUCUGCUCUCAUAGCUCUGAACUGCUUCGAUAACUGAUUUCUUUAAUUUAUACAUUUUCAUACCGAGAACUCUACAGUUAUUGCAUUAAACUCUCUCAUUUAUAAGCCACUCAGAUUUUGCACACACAUAUUUUCUCCUUAGCACGCCUAACGUUGGGCCAUGCUUGGCUGCCGCUAACGUCAUUUCGCAACUCACGAAAACUACAAAAUUCAUACAAGAUUGUGCGAUAGUCUCAAAAUUAUAGCGCAAAACGCUUGACGCACUCUGACAUAUAAAACUCAUUUCCGUAAUUUUCAAGCAUUCUAAUGAGCGCAAGAGGAUUCGUUGCAUACUUCAGUGCGUAGCUUACGCGUGUCUUAUAGUUCGCUUGACUUUCGUCUUUGUAUUUUAGAAAUAUUAAAUGAGUUGCUUAAGUUUAAACAAAAGAUAAUGAAAUCUUUGCAAGCUGCUCUUCAAAUCACAGAUUGUUGCUUCUGGUGAUUCCGUUUAAAUGUAGACUACUUCACAUAAACUUUUACGACUACUGCGUUUUGAUAAGUUUGAUGUUAUAGUACGAGUAUUAUGAUGUCUAUGGACUUAAAGUGAGUCAAAAUGUUAAGGAGAUAUACUCUUUGCUUUUCACUAUAAAAGAGGGGAAAUUUAAGAUGUGAGAGGAAAAGAGUGGAGCUCUCGGUUUAUUCACACGCCUACCUCAAAUGUAGAAUGUAGUCGAAUGAAGGUAGCCAAAAAUAUAAAAAAACAAGUGCAUUCACAAAUAAUAAAAUUAACGGUAACUGUCCAAAAAUAUAAAACUUACAUGAAAGUUAUGAUGAGGUAUGACCAAGCGAA